UUUUAAGGAAAGGAAGCAGAAUUAGAGAAAUAUACAAAUACCUGGUAUUAGACAUAAGUGAUAAAUAUCUAUCAAGACAAUCUGUUUGUGUGUUUGUGAAGAUCAGAAGACUAGUAUUCCGAGACUACUGAUAGAAGCAGUGCAGGAAGUUUUGGAACUGUUUGCUAAGCACUGUCAGCAAUCGGUAGAUUCUGAGAACGACCAGGAAAAGAAUGGGAAGAUGAUCAGCGUGGCGAGCCAGCAUGUAGACCGUAGCUCUGACUGCGAGGCUGACUGGGGUCUGUUCUUGUGACGUCAGACGGAGACAUGAAUCAGUUUGUGCUUUAGUGUCAAGAAAACGUUUUAGCCUAAAGAAUGGGUCAGUGCACAAGUGGGGAGCUCCCCCCAGCCAACCAAGAUGCCGUUGAUGGGGAAAUAGUCACUGAACGGCGUUUGUCGCUAGCGGAGAACAUCUCUGAGAAGGCCUCGAACCGGAAGUUCCUGCGGCGUCGUUCUUCUACAACAUCAUGGGUCAGCUCCAAAUUCGGCAGGGGGCGGAAGGCCAGGGACUUGUCGGCUGCUUUCAAUCUGUUGGACUAUGAUGCGAAGAUUAAUUUGGUGAACAUCAAUACCGCCCCAGAGGAAGAGCUCAUGACUCUCCCUGGAGUGUCGAGGUCAGUGGCUAAAAAUAUUGUCGAUUACCGCAAUACAAUUGGGGGCUUCCGGAGAGUCGAAGAUCUGGCGCUAGUGUCGGGCAUUGGUGCCAACAAGCUGCAGAAUUUUAAAAAUGAAAUCACCGUCAAAAAGAAAUCUUCCAGGUUUGAGCUCAUGAACGUGCAUGGGAUGAAUCAAGAAAUGGCAGCUAAUAUUGUUGAACACAGAGAGAGGAAAGGUCCCUUUAAAAGUAUAGACGACUUGGUGAAGGUGAGAGGAAUCAACAGCCGGGUCCUGAGCAUCCUGAAGGUCUAUCUGACACUCAACGAUCUAACGCCUUCCUCGCCACCCCUGAGCGACGUCACCUCCGUCGCCAGCUACAGCAAGGUCUACCAGCGGAACCUCGACGGGAAGCUGUCAGGUCAUCGCCGAACCCAUUCUGCACCUCUCGACAGUGAUGACACAACAGGGAGAAUUUCCAACAGCUUGCAGAGCGGUGAUCCCAGGAUGUCUGUGGACUUCUACACAGAGAUUUUCGAACUCCUUUCAGUGAAGUCAGAGCGGCCUAUUGUCAGAGACGUGUUCCAGGGGCAGCAUAGUGGACGUCCAGCAAUUAGAAUUGCCACGUGGAACCUCCAGCAGUUGACGAAAGAAAAGAUGUCCAAUCCUGGGGUGCUGGAAGUGAUCUGUCGCACAGUUUUGGAGAAUGGCUUUAGCAUCUUGGCCAUCCAGGAAGUAGGAAGCAAAGACGUGUUGGAGAAAAUCUGCUCGGAACUGAACCAGAGCAGCUUGCGUCGCGUGCGUGAAUGGGGAGGCCCUAAGGGAGAGUGGCGCUGGCAGGUGUCAGAGGAGCCAGCGGGAAGGAUGUUCCAGGGUUCAGAAUAUGCAGCCUUUAUAUACAAUGUUCGUCACAAUGUUCAACUUCUGUCUGCUUGUCUUCUUAAUGUACACAACAACAACAACAAAAAAGCCAAUACAUCCUUUACAAGAAAACCAUACCUUGGCUAUUUUAAGGCAAACAACCUAGAGUUUGUGGUGGUAAGCCUCCACAUCAAGGCUGUCAACUUCAAUGGGCUGAAAAAUGAAUUAAAUGACACCUUGGUCGAGGUGGAGGACAACGACAACAGAGAUAGCAAAGACAGUAGUGAGAGUCCACUCCUCAAUGAGAAAACGGACAAGGAAAACUCUCAGCUGGGUCCCCUCGUCACGGUACUCAAGGAGAAGCUGGUCAAUGAGCGAGACAUCGUCCUCCUCGGGGAUUUCAGCAUGCCUCCGGAUAAUAAGGCUUUUGAUGUCUUGCGAGAAACAUCCUACACUAACAUUGUGCCAGCUGACACUUUUACAAACAUCAGUGCAAAGAACAACCAGGGAACUUCCUGUUAUGACAACAUCUGGCUAAAUCCACACACAAGAAGUGUAUACACAGGUAACUGGGGUGUUGUUCGAGAAGGCAUGAGUCACUUGGCUAUCCCCCGAGGCUGGUUAUGGGGUGGGACGGUGAGCAAUCACUGCCCUGUCUACUGUGAUCUCUACUCUAAUGUCAGUCCCAAUUCAGGUCAACAGGGCAGCUUGCAGCUCACCAGAAACAUGGGAGAGGUUUUGAGAGAUGAGUGAUGCUGUUGAGAGCAGCAAAACAAGGAUGAAUAAUGUUGAACAUAGCCAUUGAAAAGAGCCAUAGAAUGAACAAUAGAAUAGAUAUAUGAGAAUGGAAUUGAAGAAUACAGUAGCCCUAGUCCAUGUGUGAGCAGACUGAGCAAAUUUUCAGAUGCUUGUUACUGACACUUCAGUCGAAGAUCUCAGGGUUUGAAUUAGAAGUCCCAGUUAUGUUCCACUCUUUUAUCUUGCUGAUUCUGAUUUACUCAGGAUGUUUUCAUGCAUGGAUCAUCACAACUGGAAAAGGUUUGGAUCUUGCAGUCCAGUUUCAAAGUGUACUCUUUAGGUCUGCUUUGAAAACUUUCUAUUAUUUACAGUCUUUGAAGUAAGGAGUGGUGUUACAUACAGCAAUAGCAAUAGAAAUUGUUUAACAUAAAAGGUGGCAUCCUUUAAUAUAAUUCCUCUUCAUCUCCAGUUGAACUUCAGUCAUAUUCGUCUUCAUUACAAAUCAUCCUCUUCACCUUUGAUAUUUGUAAGUUGCCUGUGAUUGUUUUGGUAACAGCAUCAUAGAGCUUUAGUGGAACAAGUGGAACAUAUUGUCCACUGAACUAUUUGUUUGCAAGUUGUUGGGGUUUGUUCAUAUCCACUGUGAUAUUCUUGCUGCCUGUAGUACAGUGAACAUGCUCAAGUUUUGCCACUGUAAUCAAUUGCUCUGAGAUAGAAACUUCAAGAACUUUUAGAUUAAAGAGUAGGAUGUUUGUGUUGUUCAGACAAAGACUACUGCAACGUCACUGGUCUCUGACUUCUUGCUGGUUGGCAUGUCUGUUUUGCAUAUUCUAAGGUGCAGAUUUGUUAUGCAUUUCUUGUCAGAAGUAUGUGAAUUUUUUAGAUUUAUAGGAAAUUUGGUCUCCUUUUUGAACAGGUGAGCUGAUAUCAGAUGCAGUUGAAAUGUAUUUUUCUUUUUCAAGCUAAUUUAUUUAAUUGUUUAUUUACCAUUGCUAAUGAGUUAAGAUAUUAACCACUAUUUCCAGAAUAGGUAAUCAUGACAUAGACUGACAUAUUACGAAUGAGGAGAAAAACAGAAAAACAUAUAAUACAUAUGCAUAUUAUACAAAAGUAUUAUAUGCAUAUAAUCAACAUAUUGUGAUUUUCCUUGCUUGCAUUUGCCCUGUUUAAGAGCUGUUCAGAAACCACAAGAAAAUGUGUUCAUCCCAUUGCCAUUGAUUUCUUGUAUUGGAAGCCUGUAACAUUUUGCCUGUUUUGUGCAUUUUCAUUUCCCUUUGGAGCCAUAUUGAUCAGAUGUUUUAGUAAUAUUGCUUGAUCAGUAAUCAUUUACUGAAAGUUAAUAUAUUUAAUUUGUGUGAUUGGUAUUCUGACUUGUGUAUAUAUGUAUAAAAUGCUAAUUUUGUUUAGCGAUUGAAAUGUAUGAUACUAAAAUUGCAAUAUAUUCAAGUUAAGUUCAGUUAGGAUGUGUGUAUUACAACGUGGGAAGACAUUUGACAUAUUGAAUAGAUUUUAUGAAGACAAUAUACACUUAGGACAGUUUUUACAAAGGUACUGAUUAAUGUAAAUAAUGUUAUAUAUGAAUCAUAGAUAUUUAUUUAAUGUGUUCUAUAUUUAUUGACUAGCUUUUCCUUUAUAUUUUUGUUUGUUAUUACUUUUCUUUUUACAGUAGAAAUCCAGGUAUUUUGUCAGUUUUACAUUAUCAAGCCAUUCGUUUGAGGAAUGUCGUUUCUCCACUCAGUCAGAAAGAUUUAUUUUAACAGCCACCAAAACAAAAUUUUCUCAACAAAGCAUGUCUCGUUCACCAUUUAGCGUAGGAAAUAUUUGUGUGUUUGAGUCCCAGUGGCUGCCCAUUAAUGGUGAGCUCUUUGACAUUUUUUUUCUUGUUCUCCCUCUUCUCCUUCCAUCCUUUCCUUAUUCACACAGGUUAAUGCUGUAUUUGUCCCUUUUUAUGACAUUGCCAUUGUCUCAGAUUUUGUAAGUAUUGAUCCAUUGAUGCAGGGAGUGCAUAUAUACAUGGCUUUUCUGCCAAGAUUUUAAGGUUUUAAUAUUCUUUACACAUAUGUUAGAUAGUAAAUUAUAGGGUCUGCCUGAGCUCACUUAUUUAGUCUAUUCUUCAAAUUUUUCGGAUGAAAAUUUAUAUUUUUAUUAAUACUAUUCUUGUUAAUAAUGUCUAAUGAUUAUAAUAUUGAUGAUAAUGAUGGCUGUAACAGUUAUAGUAAUGAAAAUUAAAAGAAUUUACCAAAAAAUUUAAGGAAUGAAGUAAACAGUUGAAGUCAGGUAGGCUUAGUAAUUGGCACCUUGGUGACUAAGUGCUUGUGAAUCCAUCUAUGUGCUGAUAGAAUAAACUAAAUAGACAUUGCAUUUACCCAGCACCAACAGGUUGAUAGGUUUCUUGUGCUAGAAACUUUUUAUUUUGAUGUAUGCAAUGAACUGCCCUAUAAUUCUGUCAACAUUUUCUGUUUUCUGUUUUCCAUGUCUUAGUGUAUGGUUGUGUGGCUAUGCAGAAAUGUAUAGGAUUACUGGUAUGGGGUACUUACACAAUUUUUGUAUAUGACAUUUGUGGUCUCAAAGUGUCUGCUGAUACUUUAGUGCAUAUAUUUUUUAGGAGGUUCUCAAGGGAACUUGGUUACACUGUAUGUGAUUUUUAUCUAGCCAGUGAUAUAUGGUGCUUUAACUUCAGUUGCAGUAUUGGUAAGAAAGUGCAACAUUUUAGCCUUUGUGAUGUACAAAUUUUUAUAAGCUUUCCAUAAACAUUUGUACUCUGAUAGCAUUGUCAAUAGUACAGUGGUAAUAUGCAUUAUCUAUAGAGUGCUGAGGAGACCAUUUGGAAAGUCUUUUGGCUUGCAGAUUUAUGCAUAGAUGUUAUGGAAAGGUUUGAAAUUAGGUAUAUUCUAUUGUAGUUUAAGUGUAAUGGUAUUUUGAAUGGAUCUUGCAAAAGUUUCACAGACAAAAUUAAAGGAAUAAGAUCAUAUUGUAAUAAUUAAUAAAUUACUUCUGUUUAGUGAUUUGGUGGCAACUAGGCUUUUCUUCUUUUGCUGCGGUACACUUUCGGGAUGAGAAAGAGCAGUACCAUUUUUGUGCCUUUAUUCCACUGUAUGUGAAUUCUUUUAUUUAAACAAAUAAUAUUCAAA